UGAUCCCCCUCCAUAGCGUACUACACGUCAGUCCAUUGCAUUCAGCAGGAGCAGCCUAUCUUGCUUCGCUCUAAGAUCUUUGAUAUAUACACACACGCACAUCCAGACCAAAGAUGCGAGGGCUCCUCUAGUGUGUUUGAUCCAGACACAUGCACAGACGCAGAAAUUGGCCUUUACAUAGUUAAAUCAAAGAGACAUGAUUUGAUGCAUGGCCUGGACAGCUGGUAAGUACAGAGUGUGUGUGGACACACCAUGAGUUCAGGGACCUCUGCUGCCUGCAGACACUUUCUACACUGCAAGGCCGGGGAGGGGGCAAAGUCGUGGCGGAUCAACGUUCACAGCAAAGAUCAUAGAGGAGCUCCUCUAUAAUAUUUGGUCCACAGCAUGCAUUUGAUGAGUGUCUGUCUUCACCGGAGAAUGUGGAGUCACAUUACCCUCUUUCCACAUGCCUCGCACAUGGAAUGGGGCCGGGCCAUUGCCCGAAGACUUCUCCAUGAUGGGCUUCUUAAGCUGCACCCAGAUGUGUCGAAAGCAAUCGCCAGUCAGAAGGCAGUGGUGGCUUUGGAGAGCACCAUCAUCACACAUGGCAUGCCCUAUCCUGAAAACCUGACCAUGGCUAAGGAGGUUGAACAGAUAGUGAAGGAGCACGGUGCAGUUCCUGCAACAGUUGGCAUCGUCAAAGGCAAGGUGCACGUGGGACUGUCGGAGAGUGACCUGGAGUACCUGGCAGAGAGCAAGGAAACUGUGAAAAUAUCUCGCAGGGACCUUCCCUACGUUCUUAGCAAGGGCCUGUCUGGUGGGACGACCGUUUCGGCCACGAUGGUGGCAGCCCACAAGGUCGGCAUUCCUGUACUCGUGACUGGCGGCAUCGGGGGAGUCCAUCGCGAUGGACAAAACACACUGGAUAUCAGUGCGGAUCUGACAGAGUUGGGUCGCACUCCUAUGGCAGUGGUUUCAGCCGGAGUCAAAUCCAUCCUGGAUAUUGGACGAACGUUGGAAUACUUGGAGACCAACGGGGUCUGUGUGGCCACAUUUGGCGAGACGCGUGAAUUCCCAGCAUUCUUUCUUCCAAAAAGUGGCUUUCAAUCUCCUUACAAUGUCACGGAUGAAGAGGAAGCAGCCAAACUUAUUGCCAAUGCCCAGGUAAUUGGCCAGGACAGUGGCGUGCUGAUCGCUGUCCCUAUUCCAGAAGAUCACGCAGCAUCGAGCCUGGUUAUUGACGAUGCAAUCCAGCAGGCCGUGACGGAGGCAAGGGAUAAAGGCAUCCGGGGCAAGGAUGUAACGCCUUUCAUUCUUGAACGCAUUUACGAGAUCACUGAAGGACUUUCCCUGGCCAUCAACAUUGCUCUCAUCAAGAACAAUGCGAGGGUGGGCAGUCGGAUAGCACGUGUACUAGCCAGGCAGAAAGUACCCAAAUACCAUCCCUCAUCACAACUCUUUAUUGAAAAGGCCGGGGCUGCUGCUAAGCCAGUGGUUAUUGGCGGUUGCAAUAUAGAUUUCAUUGUAAAGUUGGACGGAAGUGAAAUGAUGUUGGGUGGACCCACGAACAGCAGCAACAUGCGUCAGUCGAUCGGGGGAGUUGGCAGAAACCUGGCUGAAUGCCUCAGCCGCCUGGGCAUGAAUCCGCUGUUCAUCUCCGCCGUUGGGGCGGACAGGAGCGGAGACGCAACUCUACGCUAUUGCUGCCAAAUGGACACCAGUGGGGUGGCGAUGUUACGGGAGCAGCGCACAGCCAUGUACUGUGCAGUGAUCUCACGCACGGGGGAGCUCAACCUGGGGCUCGGAGACAUGAACAUUCACCUGCAGAUCACGCCGCAGUAUAUUUCCAGGUUUGAAGAGCAGAUCCGAUCAGCCUCCGUGAUCUGUCUGGAUGGGAACAUUUCCGCCCCGACCAUCAAUUACGUCUGCACUUUUGCCAAAGAGCACGGCAUUCCAGUAUUGUUCGAGCCCACAGACCCCUGCAACGCUCGCAAACCGUUUGAGACGGAUGGCUGGAAAGCCCUUGCCUACACCACCCCCAACCUGAUGGAACUACAGGCCAUGAACCGGGCACUGGGACUCCCAGUAACGGCAGAGCUGCCGCGGGAAUUGGACGGAGUCAUCGAUGCGGCCCUGGAGAUGUCGCGGCCGUUACUGAAGCACCUGCAGUGUGUGAUCGUCAGCCUGGGACGUGAAGGAGUGCUCCUGUGUAGCACAAGUGAGGAUGGAGAAAUCUGUCUUCAGCCGAGGAAAGACCCUCAGACGUCAGCGGGUCAGCUCUGUGCAAUCCACUACCCAGCCAUCGCUGUCCGAGCGGAGGAGGUGCUGAACGUUUCUGGAGCUGGUGACUGCCUGACUGCGGGGAUCAUCGCUGGGCUGUUGUCGGGGCAGGAGACCAACACCUGUGUGAGGAUGGGGCUGCUGGCUGCCAGCUACUCAGUCAGGUCCCAGGAAGCCAUCUCCACGUCGAUCAGCGCCGACAGUGUGAAUCCACAGCGGGUGCUGGAGAACACAUGGCUGCAGCCGCAGUAUCACGCCCCCACCAGCAGGGGAGCCUAACGCCCAGGUUCCUGCUGGAGAUGGUGCUGCUACUGAAAUGAACUAAUAACGAUUUGGGAAGACAAUUCACUGGACGGAAGGAAACCAUUUCUAUUUGCAGAACUCUUCGCCAGGCUUCCACAUGGAAUUGCUCUCCAGGGAAGUGGGAAAGGACGUAGAGACUCCCUGACCCCAGCAGCACACGUUUGUACAUCAUCGCUGCCAACUCUUGAUAAAACCACCAGAACCAUUGGCAUUAUGACCUGUCUUAAUUGGCUCAUUCACACCCAGGUGUUCAGCUGAAUAAAGAGUGUACAUUGAAAACAA